GAUGCAUCAAAAUGCUCCCCGAAGUCAGAUCGCUACGGAGCGCGAUCUGCAGGCCUGGAAGCGCAGAGUGGUCGUGCCCGAGGCGCCACUGGGCGUGUUCAGGAAGCUGGAAGACUUUCGAAUAGAGAAGGGUGAGGAAGAGAGACAUCUUUAUAUAAUCGGAAGGAAGAGGAAGUCUCUUCAGCUCUCACAGAAGUCGGAGUCAGUGGCUUUGGUGUCACAGUCAAGACAGAGAACAUGUCGGCGCACAAAUUAUGGUCGAAGAAAUGUUGGCCGACGUGAGUUAUCUUCUGGAAAUGAAUCUUCAAGCUCCGUCAGACAUGUGAGUAGACCAACUUUAAAAUAUGUAAGACGAUCUUAGACAAAUGUUUAAUUCUUUGAGUCUACCCCAAAUUUCUGUGAGAAUAAGGAAUUAGAAUGCAAUUUCCCCAUUUGAGCUUUUGCAGGGCAGGAGGGAAGAGCGCAGGGAGCUGACUUGGAGC